AUGCAAACCAGUGCUCAUCGUGAGAAACCCACCUCCAUCGCCAUGAUCUUGGAAACUCAACGAAUCGUCGAUAAGCGUCCGAGAAAACGACCGCGUUUAGCUUGGGAUGCUCCUCCUCUUCCUCCACCAACGGUGUUUUAUCCUCCGUUGUACUAUGGUCAAGAGUUUGUGAGUGGAGUAGCUCCAAGCUUUGUGUACCCGAACAUGUUUUAUAACGGCUUUACUCGUCAGGGCUCUCCUCCUUGGAGACCUGAUGAUAAAGAUGGACACUUUGUCUUUGUUGUUGGAGAUACUUUGACCCCACGAUAUCAGAUUCUCAGCAAAAUGGGUGAAGGUACGUUUGGGCAAGUAUUGGAGUGUUUUGAUAAUAAGAACAAAGAGGCUGUGGCGAUCAAAGUUAUACGGUCUGUAAAUAAGUAUCGUGAAGCUGCUAUGAUUGAGAUUGACGUGUUGCAGAGGCUUACAAGGCAUGAUGUUGGUGGUUCUCGUUGUGUGCAAAUACGGAAUUGGUUUGACUAUCGUAAUCAUAUUUGUAUUGUGUUUGAGAAGCUUGGGCCAAGCUUAUAUGAUUUCCUCCGCAAAAACAGCUACCGUUCAUUUCCUAUUGAUCUUGUUCGGGAGCUUGGCAGACAACUUUUGGAAUCUGUAGCAUAUAUGCACGAUUUACGGCUGAUUCACACAGAUUUGAAGCCGGAGAACAUUCUUCUGGUAUCAUCUGAAUAUAUCAAAAUACCUGAUUACAAGUUUCUAUCACGACCCACAAAAGACGGGUCAUACUUCAAGAAUCUACCGAAGUCAAGUGCCAUCAAGCUUAUUGAUUUUGGAAGUACAACGUUUGAACAUCAAGACCACAACUACAUCGUAUCCACAAGGCAUUACCGCGCACCAGAAGUUAUACUAGGGGUUGGAUGGAACUAUCCAUGUGACCUGUGGAGUAUUGGUUGCAUACUUGUUGAACUUUGUUCGGGAGAGGCACUUUUCCAAACGCAUGAAAAUUUGGAGCAUUUGGCCAUGAUGGAAAGGGUACUAGGACCAUUGCCACCUCAUAUGGUGCUCAGAGCCGACCGGCGCUCGGAGAGAUACUUCAUGCGAGGUGCAAAGUUGGAUUGGCCUGAAGGUGCAACGUCGAGAGACAGCUUGAAAGCAGUGUGGAAACUUCCCCGGUUACCGAACUUGAUCAUGCAGCAUGUGGAUCACUCGGCGGGUGAUCUGAUAGAUCUAUUACAAGGGCUGCUUAGAUAUGAUCCAGCGGUGAGGCUCAAGGCAAGAGAAGCAUUGAACCAUCCCUUCUUCACACGAAGCCGAGAACAGAGUAUCCCCUUUAACUCAAACCCUGGUCCAUUUUUAUAUAACCACAAGAACUAG